CUCUCGCGAAAUGCGGGAACCGGGAGGUGCCGGGAAAGAUUGAUUCGUUUUUGACAGAUUUUUGGCAAGAAUAUUUUUUGUUUUGUUUCAAAUACAGCCAAAUAUUUAAACAUGGAGCAAUAAAUAACUCAAAUUAGUGGUCUUCUUCGCUGAAACCAAUCUGUCCACGUAUUUGCUCGCUGUACGAUGUUUAAAAGAAGAAUAAUCAACAUAUUGCGUACGGCUUAUCGAUUGCACCUUGUUGUCGCUCCCAGGAUACGGUAUUACGCUCCUAUUAGUGUAGGAUUAAUAACAGCAGCAUAUUGUGAUGAAAAUAGGAAACAUUUUACAUGGGAAGAUAUAACCCUGGAUAGAUUGGAACACGAGUUCUUGAUUCGCCAGGCGACUACAGUGAACGUAAAUGCUGCUACCCAGCUGUUAACUGUGACAUUGGUAGCUAUACAAGACACUAGUGAAAGAUUGAGAGAAGCUUUGUCUAAGGAAAUAUGUUUGGUGAAACAAGCUCUUGAAUGGGGAGAUGACGGCACCCCCCCACACCACUGGGACCAGCUGGUAGCUGUGCGUGGCUCUUUGUGUGACCUUAACCACAAUCUAAGGACCCUCAUUAGCUACAUGGACUAUGCUGAAAAAUUAGCAACAGUAGCUGCUGAAAUUUCUUACCUGUCUGGGAAUAUAGCAGCAUCUGAUGCAAUUUGCGAAAGGAUUGACCAUGCAUGCAGGACAUGUAAUGUGCAAAAGCAAUUGACACAUGAUCUACAGCAAGAGAGCCUGCAGCUGCAGCAGCAGGCAAUCAUCACUUCGCCGCAAUUAGAGGAAAAAUUAAAAGUACCAGAUUACAACAAAGGCAAACCACAUAAAAAUAUACCAAAUCCUAAUAUCGCAGUGCAAUAGAAUACAGAUUAGUUGGUGUAUAACUAAAAUUAUAAUUCAAAUUUUUAAUUUUGUAACAGACACUUUGCAAUAUUAAGAAGAUAGAUAUUAAGAAAAUCAUAAUUAAUUAUUUUGUAGUUUUAUUUCUAUACUUCAUAUUUUAAUGAAACUUGUACACAAAUAUUGAAAUGUUUUACUCCAUGAACACUAGUGUAAUUAAAACCUAAAUUGUGUACGCACACA